AUGAAUUGUAUCAAUGACACGGAGGUUGUCCUGGCAACAGCCACCAGGAAGAUCAAGGUCCUGAAUCUGGACACAAUGACCGUUACACGAGUGUUUGAAGGAAAGUUGUGCCGUUAUGGUUCUAGAAUGGAAAUUAUCAAGGAUGGAAAAGAAAUCUUGACAUUAAUGCAGGGAAAACAUGGAUUUAAGACAUACAACAUAGAAAGCGGGAGAACUGUCAGCUUAAUACACGCGCCUUCUGAAAUAAGGGAGAGCAAACACAACAUGUUUGACCAAUAUUCCCUCGUAAUCAACAACAUCAAUCUAAUGGCGUGUAACAUUGGAUAUGAAGGUCCUCAUUUGAUUGUGGUGUUUGACUACCUACAAAAUGUUUGUGUCCGGAUUUUGAGGGCAUACUCUCAUUACAGUACAUUUUUGGGAGCAUAUCUGUCACAAGACUGUUCCUAUUUGCCUGUAAAUACAUACAAAAGCUUCCCUCACCCAAUCAUUGAGGGCAAGAUGAAUUCUGUCAGUUGUAUAGUUGUGUACAACAUUGAACAAGGAAAGAUAACUCACUGGUGUUUAGACCAGGACCUCUACAACACGUACGCCAGGGAAGGAGAGCUGGAGAAAAUGGAAGUGGACAAUGCUAUAUUGUUAGAUGAUGACCGUUUGGUUACCUCCAGUGAGGACUCCAUCCUUCGGGUGUGGAACAUAAGGACAGGUGAACUGAUAAAAAGAUUAGAGGGACACAAAGUUCUGCCAAAGUUGGUUAAGAACCAUGAAAAGAGCCCAUACUUUGUAACCAUGGCAAAUUUUGGGGAGGAGAACUCACUGCGUAUGUGGGACAAAAAAACACUGACGUGUGUGGCGAUGUACCGACUGGAUCACAAGCUUAUUUUAUGA